AUCAGAUGGUCAGCGGGGCACAUCGGCAUCCCGGGGAAUGAGGCAGCUGACGAGCAAGCCAAACGAGCGGCGAGAGGAGAGACGUCCGACACCCACCAUCUCCCCAAAUCACUAACCUCGACGCGUCGCAACCCCACAACUCUCCCCAUCAGUAAAUCCGCUGUCAAGCAAACCUUCGCAGAGCAGAUCAAGAACGAGGCGAAAGACGUCCUACGCAAGUCCCCACGAUUCCAAAAGCUCGCAUCUAUCGACCCAUCCGCCCCAUCCAAGCACUACGCCUCAUUGGUAGAUGGACUCCCGCGCAGACAAAGUUCCCUCAUAUUUCAACUCAGAUCGGGCCACGUACCACUCAACAAACACCUCCAUCGCACGGCGAAAGCUCCAUCCCCCACAUGCUCAUCCUGUCGACAGAAAGAAGAAUCGGUCUUUCACUUCAUCUUAGAAUGCCCAACACACACCUUUCAUCGCAACGCCAUGAGAACAGCUCUAAAGACACGCAAAUGCGACCUCAAAACUCUGCUCAACGACCGAAAAGCCACAAAACCGCUACUCACAUACAUCGCCAAGACCAAGCGCUUUCAAACGCUAUUCGGAGACGUU